AUGUCAACAAUAUUUGGAUCAACCGUUCAGCCUGCUACAAUUUCUCUAUUCUCUUCCACCGGAUCACAGCCAUUGUACCUAUUCGAAUCAGCGCAGGACGACGCCCUGCCUGAGGAUUCUUUCCUUCAUUUUCUUAAGGACUCGUCUUCAGAACCAGCUCCAGAAUCUCCACGUAAACUUAUCUCUCCACCCUCUAUUGAGUCGGAUGUCUGCGAUGAAAACGGUUAUUCAUUGUGUCAGACGGUACUCCAUAUACAGUCUCCCACUAUCCGAACGACGUACAUUAAAUCCAAGGGAAAUCUGGGCCUGAAUCACCCGUGGUUUAGUCUCCAGGUGCGUAGCCUGGGCCGGGAAUGGAGUUUCGAAGUUGGAUUUGUAGAUCAGAUGAAGACAGUCCGUGUCGUGAGGCUGUCAACCUUCCAGAAAUCUGCGCGACUAAAACUCCCAGUACGAGGCAAACCGGCGCUUCUCCACCUGCCGUUGUCUUUUCCGAUGGCCUUUGAGUCUUCGCAUCUUCUGACGGCUUGGUCAACUGUCACGCUUAAUCUUCCUUCCCUCAUGCCCUACUUCUCCGACCUGUCAUUGCUUAAAAACAAUGACGAUACGGCCCGCUCGCUUAGUACAGUCACCGCAGGGACCUUCUCGCAUGUCUCAUACGUGAAGAUAUACUCGACAUGCCGACUGAGACGGAUUUGGUUCAGUCAAGAGGGUCCUGCGGCGGAACUUCCGUGGGAAUUCCAGUUGUACUCGGACGCGUAAAGAGCGCUGUGUCCGGGACAAGGGUACAUCGGAUGUGAUCUACGGUUGGCGGAGGUGACAGUAUAGGUGCACCUGUAGUAUGCACAUCCUCGUCUUAUCAAUCGGGGCAUGCACCUGUCCAUCAGCCGGAGUGCCUAUCUCUAUCGGAUUUCAUUGAUGCGCCGGGUUCAUGGGUCAAGCGUGUUACACCUAAUCUCCCCCAAUCUUGUUCUGCCAUCCUACCGAAUACGGAUCAACUUUAACGUAUACGUAGUAUGUGCCAAUUCUAGGGAAUGAGUAAAAUGGAGUCGUGUUUAUUAUAAUGUGUAAAAGAAAUCGGUUCUACGUGUACAUUCCAUAAAUUGCCUGAUUAUACUACUACUAGACUCAUACGAAAUGAGGGGGAAAAUAGAGAAGCAAG